AUGAGGUGGCUGCGAUUUCUGGUUGUCGCCCUCACAUUGGACCUGGCAUUGACAGUACGACCUGGACUCAAGAUUGAGCGCGGCAGGCUGUCCAGGCUCUUCCAGAGCUUGCUAGCGCAAGAAGUCCAAGCAGACUGGAUUCAGGUUCAGGACGGCACGAAUACUACUGUGAAAGGCGAGCUGGCACCAGAGAGUUGUUUGCAAUGCAAUGGAGCCUUCCUGAACUACUUCAGUGCCUUGCAGACUGCACGAAGGCCAAAUCUGGUGGCAUUCUGCAUAUUCAUCGUGGGAACAAUUCUAACUUGGCUGAUGAUGGACACCGCGCAGCUCUUUUUUCUCCCUGCUCUGUUCUACUGGAGCAAGCGCUUGAGAUUAUCGCCCGAGAUGGCAGCCGCAACCCUGCUGGCCGUGGGCAAUGGCGCACCUGACAUGGCAGAUGCUGUGGCCGCUGCCCAACUGCAAGACUUGCCGUUGGGAUUGAGCGACCUUGGCGGCGCAAAUCUGUGUUGCAUGAGCCUCGGCAAUUGUCUCUGCCUGUUGGUUGCCUACACUGUCGAUCCCAGCUCAAAAUCUGCAGUCCUACAGCAUCGAGGACAUUACCUGGUCCUGCUCGUCUUUUACAGCGGUGCUAUUGUCCUGUUGGCGGUCAUUCUCCAGAAAGCCGCAAUCAACUUUUGGCAUCUUUGUACACUUCCAGCUCUGUACGCGGUGUUUCUGCUUUACUUAUCUGCACGUAACAGGCUGGAGGAAGAUGUUGAAGAAAACCGAAGAUCGAAUAGCCGCAGAAGCAGCUCCACUCACGUGGCCAUAGAAGAUGCAAUGGCCUGCUUGAGUCCACCUGAGACUGAAUCCUGGCAAGCUUCAUUCGCUUGGGCUUUGCUACUUCCCUUUACAUUGAUGCGCAUGGCAACAAUUCCUCCGUGCGAUUUACAAUGGGACCCCGCGCGGCGCGUCUUCCAUGCAAUGUGCCCGACAGGAUUGUAUUGCCUGUGCCGGCUCUUGGGCUAUGUUCCAGCACCAGACUUCAACAUAGGAGUGGCAACAGCAGCUGCGCUCGUCCUGACAACAGUCGUGAUCUUCUUGACUGGCGGAACUCGGUCUUCAAAGAUGUCAGGAAGUUCAUUGCCCUGGUUCUAUAACGUGAUGACCCUCCUUGCACUUGUUUCGUCAAUGCUGUGGCUUUCCGCUCUUUCGGAUGAAAUCACCGCAUCUCUGGAGGGGCUGUGCCACUUCUACAAGAUAUCACGAUUGCGUUCCGGGUUCACGCUGUUGGCCUGGGGUAAUUGUGCCGGCGACCUGGUUGCAGCCUAUUCGAUCUCACUCAUGGGUGAGUUUUCACUUGCCUUUAAUGGACUUGUGGCAAGCCAAUUCUUCAACACCGCGGUUGGUUUCAGCACCGCUUUAAUGACGGUGACCUGGAAGCACGCGGACAUCAUCUUGUUUCCCAACGGCUGGCCUUCAGACAUCAGCCAUCCAUUGCUGGCAUGCGCGAUUGCAAUUCUGCUGGUGGUGAUAACUCUGGCGGUUUUCAGCCUGGUGGAUCUCCAUGUUCGGAGUCCAUGUUGGGGGGCUGUGCUGGCGGCUAAUUAUGUCGUCUUCUUCAUCUACAUGUGGAGGAGUACAUCGGUCGAUGUGCCACAUCAGCUGGCCACUGCUGGGUGA